AUGGCUGUGGAAAUAAAUGCGUUAAAAACUAAGCGUAAUGUUCACAUUAAAACGAUAAAGCGUAUAGAAAAGCAAGUUAAUGACGAUACAGUUUUGAACGGAUGGACAAAAAAUGAUUUAAGCGAACGCGUAAAUAAAUUAAAUAGAAUUGACGAAGAGCUAUCACAAGUCACAAUGCAAAUCGUUUGUGAGGAUAAUGAGACCGCAACCGAAAAUGCGUCUGAAGAUGAAGAAGUUGAAGAGCUCCUAAUGUCGCUUAAAGCUAAACUGAAUGAACAAUUGGAUAAAAUAAGUGACACAACGGUAAAUCAAGCAAACCGAGUGACCCAUGAUAAAAUAUGCGUGCAAGUUCAACAAACUGAUGCGACUGGAAAUAUUCCAAAUACAUGGGGCACAUUUAGUGGAGAUUAUUCAAAAUGGAAAGCGUUUAGAGACGGAUGGAUAGCGUCGAUGCAUGACAAUAAAAAUGUCAAAACAUUGACCAAGCUUCGAAAUUUAUUGGCGGCAUGCAAAGGCGAAGCAAGCGGAGUAGUAGGAGAGUGGGAUCUCCUCGAAGAAAAUUAUGAGAAAGCGUGGGAUCGUUUGCGUAGCAUCUAUGAAGACGAUUAUAUGCAAGUUCAAUCCUUUAUGCGAAAACUGAACCAAUUGCCACCAAUGCGUAAUGCUUCCAGUAAAGCGAUUCGAGACACGAUUGACAUUGUACAAAAACACGUGCAUGGUGUAAGCAAACACAUAAAGAUAGAUGAAAAGCAUCCGUACAUUGUAUUCAACGUUAUCGAGCGUAUGGACACUGAAACUUAUAGAGCGUGGGAGAAGUACAGACCGUCCUUGGCUAAAGCAAACGCGAAUGAUACAGAUGCGAACGAUAAUCCUAACAAAAUAGGGAAGCAUAUUCCAACUUGGGCAGAGCUAGAGGAAUUUCUAGAGGGAGAAGUCACAAUCCGUGUGCAUUCUGAAAAGAGAAAUGAAGUGAACAAUCCACAACCAAAGGCGAUCAAUGCAAAACAGAUAAAGCGUUUCAAUAAGCAAAACAAUGCGAAGAAAAGAAGUUAUCCGGACUUUCUGCAAUGCGUAUUGUGUGAGAACAUACACCCAAUAUUUCGAUGCGAAUGUUUUAUUGCAAUGAAUUUAAGUGGUCGAAAAAAUCAUGUUGCAGAACAUCAGUUAUGCGUGAGAUGUUUAAGAAAUAGCCAUACCGGCCCAUGCGCAAGAAAAGAGUGCAACGAACCUUGUCCAAAAUGCAAGCCGGAUAACAAAUACCACAACAGCCUCUUGUGCCCAAAUGAAUCAAGCACUGUGUUAGUAGCACAUACACGGCAGAACAAGUUAGGAAAGCGUAAACUUCAUGAUCAACAAAAUCGUUCUCACAAAAGAGCACGGGUUGAUGACAAAAGAUUCAAACAAUCUGAUGCAAAUCAAAUGCAGUCAGGCGUACACAAAGUAGGUGAAUGGGCAUUAGUAGCAAAUCAAAGCAAUGCAAUCAAGCGAAUUAAAGAUGCGAAAGACAACAAAGGUGAGUGUCAAUAUACAACUUUGUUAGCUACAAUAAAUAUGCGUAUGCAAAUAAAUAUUGAUUGGGAUACUAUUUGUAGAUCCAUAGCUGACACUGGUGCAACAUUGAACGGUGUUUCAAAGCAAUUUGUGGAAGAGAAUGCGAUGCGAACAAUCAAAUGUCAGAAAUGCAUCUUGGGAGUAAGCGGCCCAGAAAUAAUAAAGCGAAAGAUUGUCACCGUAAUACGACCAUGGUUCGAAAGUGAAGUGCAAAUAGCAACUGAAUUUUAUGUUUUUGAUAAUUUAAGCGGUGUAUAUCCAAAUAAUCACAUUGAAGCGUACAAACAUGAAAUUAUGCAUUUAGGUCUAGCUGAUGAAAAUUUUGACAUUCCGAGCCCAAUUAAUGCGUUGUUAGGUGCAGAAAUAUAUGCAAAUAUUAUAGGUCCUGAUCUAUAUAAACAUAAAGACGGUGCAAUUAUGCAAUCAACGUCUUUUGGUCACAUCAUUUUAGGGAAAUUUUUUGUUAAAAAAGAUCAACAGAUAAGCGAUAUGCCAAUAUCAAAUGUAAUGCAAUGCGUAGAAAAUGAAAACAAUGCUAUUGCUAACGCAUUGAAAAAGUUUUGGGAAAUUGAAGAUGUAAAUAAAUGCAAAAAUAAAGCGAUAUUAAGCGAAGAACAUAAAGCGGUCGAAAAUUUAUUUAUUAAAACACAUUACAGGGAUGCGAAUGGUCGGUAUGUGGUUUCAAUACCGUUAAGACCAAACCACAAAAAUCUAGGCAAUUCCAGAAGCAUUGCAUUGCGACAAUUCUCGCAGUUAGAACGCAGACUUGAGAAAAAUCCAGAAUUAAAAC